UCUUUAACGUAUGCGCGCUCUUGAGACCCUAAGCCAGCAUCCCUAGCUAGACAGUUUGACUUUCAGCGGCGCACGCGCUUUAUGUCUUAUCAGAGUCGUCACACAUCUCUACUGCGCAUGCGCUCUCGAGCUAGCUCGUUCACCCUUUGCACGUGUACGGUCGUCCCUGCGGCUGUCACGUAGCGCAUGCGCUCUCGUCCACUUCCCCUUUUCUCCUGCGUUCAGUCUGUCGUCCGCUCCUUCUCCGGCGCAUGCGGCUUUCCCUAACUCUCCUUGUUGCGCUCAGACGUUGUGCGCGUCCCCUCAGUCCCCUGGGCUGGCGCCUGCGCGCGGCGUGCAGUGCGGUGGGGGCGGGCGGGGGCGGGGCGGCUAUAUAUAGUGCGCGGCCGGGGCGGUGGCCUCCCCCUUGUCCCCCGGCCGCUGUCGGUGCUGUGUGCGCAGUGCGUGUGCUCCGGCCCCCCGGACACGCCGGCCCGGCCCCGCCGCACCAUUUAUUACUAAAAAUACUUUAAAAAAUCCAAAAAAAAUCCAAAAACCCUGAAAAACCCAUAAAAAUCCCCCCCGAAACCGGCCGGUUUGAUAUAAAAUAACCCGGUGAAGCGAAGCCCCGGACCCGGCACAGCCGAGAGAAGACACCGAGCGACCCCCGCCAAGACCAGGAGCAGCCGAGACCUCCGCCAGGGCCGGCCCCGAGCGAGCCGGGCCCUCCCCGCCGAGAAUCCGCCUCCCGGAGCCGUUAAGUUUCGAAUCUUCCACUCGCCCCUCACGGAACCCGGGGCCGCCGCGGCCUCCUCGCGUCAGUGUGACCCCUUCCCCUGGUGGAGACGGCGGCAGGAUGAACCCCAGCGCCCCCAGCUACCCCAUGGCUUCCCUGUACGUGGGGGACCUGCACCCCGACGUCACCGAGGCCAUGCUGUACGAGAAGUUCAGCCCCGCCGGGCCCAUCCUCUCCAUCCGCGUCUGCCGGGACAUGAUCACCCGCAGGUCUCUGGGCUACGCCUACGUCAACUUCCAGCAACCCGCCGACGCUGAACGAGCUUUGGAUACCAUGAACUUCGAUGUCAUUAAAGGCAAGCCAGUGCGCAUCAUGUGGUCUCAGCGUGAUCCAUCUCUACGCAAAAGUGGUGUCGGAAACAUCUUCAUCAAGAACUUGGACAAAUCAAUUGAUAAUAAAGCUUUGUAUGAUACAUUUUCUGCUUUUGGAAACAUCCUCUCCUGUAAGGUAGUAUGUGAUGAAAAUGGGUCCAAGGGCUAUGGAUUUGUACAUUUUGAGACCCAGGAAGCAGCAGAAAGAGCUAUUGAAAAAAUGAACGGUAUGCUGCUUAAUGACCGCAAAGUAUUUGUUGGAAGGUUUAAAUCCCGUAAAGAACGAGAAGCAGAACUUGGAGCUAGAGCAAAGGAGUUCACCAAUGUUUACAUCAAGAAUUUUGGAGAAGACAUGGAUGAUGAAAGACUUAAGGAACUCUUUGGCAAGUUUGGCCCUGCCUUAAGUGUCAAAGUUAUGACCGAUGAGAGUGGAAAAUCCAAAGGCUUUGGCUUUGUUAGCUUUGAAAGACAUGAAGAUGCUCAGAAAGCUGUGGAUGAGAUGAAUGGAAAGGAGCUCAAUGGAAAGCAAAUUUAUGUUGGCCGGGCUCAGAAAAAAGUGGAAAGACAAACGGAGCUCAAGCGCAAAUUUGAACAAAUGAAGCAGGAUAGGAUCACCAGAUACCAGGGUGUAAACCUUUAUGUGAAAAACCUUGAUGAUGGGAUUGAUGACGAGCGUUUACGAAAAGAAUUCUCCCCAUUUGGUACAAUCACUAGUGCAAAGGUCAUGAUGGAAGGCGGCCGCAGUAAAGGAUUUGGGUUUGUAUGCUUUUCUUCACCAGAAGAAGCAACCAAAGCUGUCACAGAAAUGAAUGGUAGAAUUGUGGCCACUAAACCAUUAUAUGUAGCUCUAGCCCAACGCAAAGAAGAGCGCCAGGCUCACCUCACCAACCAAUAUAUGCAGAGAAUGGCAAGUGUGAGAGCAGUACCUAAUCCUGUAAUCAACCCCUACCAACCAGCACCUCCUUCAGGUUACUUCAUGGCAGCUCUCCCACCGACUCAGAACCGUGCUGCAUAUUAUCCAACUAGCCAACUUGCUCAACUCAGACCAAGUCCUCGCUGGACUGCUCAGGGUGCUAGACCUCAUCCAUUCCAGAACAUGCCUGGUGCUAUCCGCCCAGCAGCUCCCAGACCACCAUUUAGUACCAUGAGACCAGCUUCUUCACAGGUUCCACGAGUCAUGUCAACACAACGUGUUGCUAAUACAUCAACACAGACAAUGGGUCCCCGUCCUGCAGCAGCUGCUGCUGCGGCCACUCCUGCUGUACGCACAGUUCCACAGUACAAGUAUGCUGCAGGUGUUCGUAAUCCUCAACAACAUCUUAACACACAGCCACAGGUUGCUAUGCAGCAGCCAGCUGUCCAUGUGCAAGGUCAGGAACCCUUGACUGCUUCCAUGUUGGCUUCUGCCCCUCCACAAGAACAAAAGCAGAUGUUAGGUGAACGGCUGUUUCCCCUUAUUCAAGCUAUGCACCCUACUCUGGCGGGUAAAAUCACCGGUAUGUUGUUGGAGAUUGACAACUCUGAACUCCUUCAUAUGCUUGAGUCUCCUGAGUCUCUUCGUUCGAAGGUUGAUGAAGCUGUAGCUGUACUACAAGCCCACCAAGCUAAAGAGGCUGCUCAGAAAGCAGUUAACAAUCCCACUGGGGUUCCAAGUGUUUAAUACAAAGAUCCGGGACUUCAAACUAGAACUUCGCUUCACCGAAGAAAAAAAAAUCUAAACAUGGAAAAAUGAUUAAAUAUUGAGAAAAACAUUGCAAAAUAUAAAAUAAAUAAAAAAAGGAAAGGAAACUUUGAAGCUUAUGUACAGAGCAAAUGCCAGGGCUAGCAAAACUAAUGCUGGUCCUAGAUUUACCUAUUGAUUUAAAACAAAAAAAAAAAAAAGUAAAAUAAAAAAUACAAAUUAAUGUUUUAUAAACCCGGGGGAAAAGAAUUUUCAGCACAGUACAGAAAUUUAAAGCAUUCCUUUCUUUAAUUUUGUAAUUCUUUACUGUGGAAAAGCUCAGAAUAUCACCACUGUUUUAGUUAACAGUGAGAAUUGAUAGCUGAGCAAAGAAACGUAAUUUGGAUUAUAAAAUUCUUGCUUUAAUAAAAAUUCCUUAAACA